AUGUUCAACUCCUCCGUCUCUGAGCUUCCGCCGCUCCCGUCCUACACCCUGACUCCCCGCCAGCCGCUCAUCUCCCCUAUUCCGGACAAUGCCACCAUCCUCAUCCUCCCCAUAGUCGCCUACUGGGCUCUCUCCAUGGCCUUCCACUGGAUAGAUGUCAAUGACUACUUUCCGCAAUACCGCCUCCACACUCCUGCAGAGAUUCUGAAGAGAAACCACGUCUCCCGGUGGGAGGUGGUCCGAGAUGUCAUCAUACAACAGGUUAUCCAGACCCUCUUCGGCGUCCUUCUCAUCUUCUUCGACCAGCCGGAGUUCAAUGGCAGAGAGGAGUAUGAUGUUGCUGUCUGGGCUACCCGCAUCCGCAUCGCCCAGCGCGCCAUACCACAGCUCAUGUCCCUGAUAGGGGUUGAUCCUGUAGGGCUUGCGGCCAAACUUUCCACCUACCCGGUCCUCGCUGCUGUUGUGUCGGGGGGCCAUUACCCAUUCCUGACCCAGAUGAUCACUUUGCCCUCCGGAGAGACGGCCACAGCUCCCGCUUUUGCAGCUUGGGAGUUGGCUGUUGGUCACGCCAUAUACUUCUACCUCAUUCCCGUGCUCCAGUUCUUGUACGCCAUCACAUUCGUCGACACAUGGCAGUACUUCCUCCACCGCGCAAUGCAUAUGAACAAAUGGCUAUACAGUAUGCUAUACGUGCCAUAUGCCUUCGGUGCCUUGUAUAACCAUCCGUUCGAGGGCUUCCUGCUCGACACGGCGGGGACCGGCCUUGCAUUUCUCACAUGUGGCAUGACUACUCGGCAGGGAAUGUGGUUCUUCACCUGCUCUACCCUCAAAACUGUCGACGACCACUGCGGCUAUGCCUUCCCAUGGGAUCCUUUGCAACAUGUCACUGCGAACAACGCAGCUUACCAUGAUAUCCACCACCAAAGCUGGGGUAUCAAGACAAACUUCAGCCAACCAUUCUUCACCUUUUGGGAUGCCCUGCUCAAUACCCGCUGGCAGGGUGACGUUACACAACGAUACGAACGGUCCCGAAUCGCGGCACAGAAUAUGGUCGAUCAAGAUUUGGCCAACAACUCCCCGGACAAUGAUUCACAGCAACAGCCACAGCAGCAGGAAACUGUAGUCGUGGCUUCUCGAGUCGAUGAUGAUGCCUCCACCCGCUCUCUCCUCAAGCGCAGUGUCCGCAAAACCACCAAUUCCUUUUCUCCACAGUCAGACUCCCUCAAGGGUUUAACCCACCGCCUGAGCGGCAGCAUCCAGCAUAAAUGA